GUGUGUGUGUGUGUGGUUUUAACACAGUAUUUGUUUGGGUUGAAACUGUUAGAUGCCUUCAGUUCAUCUGCAGUUGUCCGUGAAUAUGGAGCUUGUUUGGAGGAAUAUACUCAUACUUGUGUUUGCGCACUUCGUUGUGUCUCAUUUGUCUACUCGAUGUGACGAACCAACAAAGUAUCCCGGCAAGCAGCUGCACAAAAAUUAUCUCCAUAAAUUAAAGUUCAAUGAUGGAGAAAGAGUGGUGUAUACAUGUCCCCUGGGUUACACACCAUCAGAAGGAAGUCUAACAUCACGGUGUCUGCGAGGACACUGGACAGCCUUGAACCUGAAAUGCCAAAAGAAAAAGUGCAAUGCGCUAGGUGACGUAGAGAACGGGCAGUACAUUCGAGAAGGACAAUCAUUUGGCGAUAAAGCCAUUGCUACGUGUAAUAAAGGAUAUGUUUUGAGAGGAGAAAGAGUUCGUAUGUGUAUGCAAAACGGUUGGAGUGGGACGGACCCCAUCUGUGAGGUGUCGAAGAUCAUGUGUUUAGCACCUGCUGUGGCAAACAGAUGGAUAAAACCUGGAGAAAGGACACAGUACACACCCCAAGACACUGCAACCAUUGUCUGCAGUGAGGGAUUUGUACUGACUGGCUCGCCACAGGUCACAUGUGGACCAGACGGCCAAUGGCAGGGCUUGCCUGCGUGCCGCUCGAAAGGUAAUUUAUGUUGUUUUCACACUUGGUUUGAAUACUUAGUCUGA